ACUCUCUCAACUUUUUCAUACGUUUCCCAUUCUCUCGGGGCCUUCGCAAAGCGAUUAAAAACGCAUUAAAAGGCACGCUCGAGUAAACUUUGAAAAGCUCUCGCGGGAAAUAAGUGCUAGAAUUGAAAUUCGUCGAGACUCGAAUGUACGCGUGUUGUAACCCGUGAAACGAGGAAACAAAUCGUCGAACUCUUAGAAACGCGGCAUUAGAACGGACGCGUCGGGGAGCGGACGACACGCGUACGGUUUCGUUUCGUUUUCGAACGGUCGCGAGCCAUCUGUGCCAAGCCGACCACGGAUUUAGAGCAAAGUAUACAAGGAACGAAACCGUUCCGUUCGUCGUCCUCGUUGCGCCGAAAGAGAAUAUCCUUGUUACUUCGAUAAAAUGGUUGUUUCCAAGCGAUAAAGAGAACGUAUUACGUAAAGUGCGGUAAACCGAUAUCGUCCUUAUCUACGUGAGUCGAUCCGACGGAACGAAAUCGUAUCUUAAAUAAAGCGAACGUCUUGCGAUUAUGCGCGAGAUCUCGAUCGCAAGAAGAUGUCGCAAGGAACUAUCGACUCGGAAAUUGCAACGACUCUCCGACUCCGGAAUAACCUCGAAUCGUCUUGCUUUCGAGCGAUGAAAAGCCAGCCAGGAGUAUCGACCGUAAUAAUUACGUUUUGCGAAGUGAUGGACGAGCACCGAGGUGAAAGCUGAAUAUUAAUUUCACGCUGGUACGACGACAGCGCCGGAGGUGUUGAUUCUUCUUCGUUCGAGUCGACGGCAGGAUUCCUCUUGGUUCGCUACAUCGUUUCGAGGCGUAACGACGUUCGAUUCUCGAGUUGUCCCUUAACCCUUCCUCCUCUCUCUUCGCCGAUAUCGCACGCUUCGUUAAUCAGUUUCUCAUCCCCCGCUUCUUUUAUUACUCGCGCUAGAGAGGACAUUGCGUCUCGACGUUGAUCGAGCCUUUCGGGAAAACGGAGAGGCGGAGAGAAAGGACGGAAGGAUCCGUUUUAUCGAGAACGCGCGCGCGCGAGAGAGAGAGGGAUCGGGGAUUAGCCGUCGGUGUCAAAAAUCUUGUUCCGCGCGAAGGACGCGAGAAACUUUUUCUAUUCGCUCGCGAUCUAGGACGGAAGUUUCUCGUCGACUCGUAUCGGAGGCUGCGACAGAUAGAUGGCAAAAGAAAAAGAAAGCUCGAGUUAGACGCGCGUGUGUAGGAUGUGUAGGUACGUACGAUACGUAUGUCAGAUACGUAGAUAGAAUGUCGGUCCGAGGCCAAAUAUAGACGUGUCGUCAUACGUUUUGAACUUGCAAGGCAUACCCGGAGCAUGUCGUCCCUCCUCUAUCGCACGCAGAUGUUUGUCUCUCUGCGUGUGCGCGCGGCCGGACGAAUAUGUUUGCCCGUGAUAUCAAUGUCAACAGAAAGAACUCGUAUACAGGGGUGAGAGAGAGAGAGAGAGAGAGAGACGUAUUGUUAGGCUCUUCUUCUAUCCUACGCGUCGUGCAUCGUGCUACAGGACUGGAAUUGAUGCGAGCGCCGAUAAUAAUACGGCUCCUAUUUCGCUUUGGCGGCCGCACCGGUGCGGUCUUCUCGCUUCUCUCUCCCUCUUUCUCUCGUCUUUUUCGAUGCGUUCACCGUAUUUCCGGUGUAAUUUCGCACUUCCUCGCGGCAACAAUGUUACCUCGUUCGAACGGCAUUUAUCGGCAACGAACGCGACCUAGAAAAGAAUUGGAAAGUUCGAACGUAUAUCUGUUCAAUUUCUUUUCGAAUUUCUUUUCGAGCGUACGAAAUGCUAAUAUCGAUACUUUUAGAAAUAAAGAAGAAUGGGGCCGAAGUCGACGAGCUUUCGAGGACGAGAUUAUUCAAAGAAGAUACGCCCUUCGUUCGUCGACGAUUCUCUUGAAAUUAAUCGACACCGUUCGAUGGGACGAGUCCAUUUCGAUGCACCAAUCGUGUUAAUCCGAUGCGAUAAGAAGAGGGGGGGAAAGAUCCGCUUCAAAGAUAAUAAUUUAUAUUUUUAUAUAUUGAUAUACACUUUGGUAAUUUUCGUUAAGGCGCUUACACGCACCCAUUAAUGGAUAUAACCGUGAUUCUCGCGUUUAAUUAACGUACCAUUUAGAUUUAUCGUUUUAUAGCAAGGAAGCUAAGCGUUGCGAGCACCUUGUCAUUAUUAUCGCGCUCGUUGAAGCAAACCGAACGAACCUGCAAAGUGUACUUAAUAAUCUAACUAUUAGAAACGCUCGCGGCGAAUUUCUUUGAUUUCCUACCAUCGUCGAAAUCGAACGUUACGAACGAGUGUCUUUCGAGCAUUGCGAAUUAAAGAUCUAGCGCUUGGAUUUGGAGAAAAGCGUUUUCAAUCGCGAGUACGCACUUAGAACUUUCGUAAUGUAGAUUAAUCUAAAUUCUAAGCUCGUCUUUCUCGGCUAUUCGCUCUCAUCCUCAUUAUCAUUCGUCCGUCGGGACGUAAUACACGUGGCGCCAAACAUGUACUUCUACUAGAGUUUAUCUACGAGUGUGCUUCUAGUCGACGUUCUGCUUCACUGACCUGGGAUAUUCCACGAUUCAGAAAAAAAAAGAUAUUCAAGAAAACGAGAAAAAGAGAAAUCUCUCUUCUUUUCGCUACGACCCGAUGAUAUUCCGGGCUAUAAUUUAUCAUCGUCAACGACGACGCUAUCGACGAAAGAUAAUGUAAUAUUAAUUUAUUCGGCGGCUUAUAUCGAUCGAUCGCCGUUUCGACCUUCUCUUCUAUUUUUCGUCGGAAAAAGAUUCUUCCUCUCGUUUAUAGGUUCGUCAUUAAUAGAGUUUAGCGCGCUGCGCGAGUCUUUAAGCGUCGUCUCGUCGAGAGAAUUGAAUUAAACUAGUUACAGGCUCGACGAUGGGACUAUAUAGACGAGAUUUAUCGUCCCUCGUUCUGCGUAUUUCCGCGAUGAAAAAAAGAAGAAGAAGAUGAAAAGAAAAAUUGGAACGUACGAGCAGCGGGAUCGCGAACCGCUCCGCUCGUUCGUUCGAUCGCAUUGAAGUAGAAAAAUGCAACGAUAAAAAGCGCACGUACUACGAAUGCAUGUAGGUAUUUGGUAGGCGAGACGGAGAUUGUUAAUCUUUCGAAUAAGCAGUGACAACGUGAAAUCGUAAAACGAGCUCGUUGCAACGUCUCCCUACAUCCUCUACGCAUACCUGCGUGCAUAUACGGCAAGGGUUCAUUCAUUUGAUAUCCGUCGACGGUAGGCCUAACAAUUAUUCGUCACACGCGAUAAUAUGUGAAAUAUUUUUAUUUCAAUCCCUCGGAAACGAUCCAACGAUUUGUCCCACGCCAAUGGCCGUCGCACAUAGGUACGUGAUUCUUUUGAACGGCGAUAUACGCAUACUCGCGCACAAGAGUGUUACAUAGUCCUAUCCGUGAUAAGAGCACCGUCAGUCGGUGGUCUUUGGCUGCCAACGAACCAGUUGCGCGUUACCGUUCGUCGUAGCAUAAAGUUCGUCCUCUCUAAGCCUUUUACGGUCGUACCGAAAAGAUCGGCGAUGAUAUUUCUUCGAAUGGGAACGUACGAGAAAGUUUUUUGAGCUACCGCGUUAAGCAGUCUUCGUAUCGUCAAGAUGGCUUACAACAAUUAUUACACUUAUUACGGGGCGCAGUAUGAGCCCCGAUCUGGGCACGGCGCCGUACCCCAAGGAAGACCUAACAACUUCGAGUAUCUCCCCACGUAUCCACCGCCGAGAGUCGACAGAUACAGGGGUGGUCCGAUUAUACAGAAGAGAAUGACUCAGAGGGAGGACGUUCUCAAGUUCGAGCAGGGCCGUAUAAAGGCCCUGCAAGAGGAACGUCUGCAUAUUCAGAAGAAGACGUUUACAAAAUGGAUAAAUUCCUUCCUCUUGAAGGCUCGCAUGGAAGUGGACGAUCUGUUCACGGACCUUGCGGAUGGGAAAAAAUUACUUAAACUGCUGGAAAUAAUUUCGGGGGAAAGAUUGGCCAAGCCCAACAACGGUCGUAUGCGAGUGCACAAGAUCGAGAACGUGAACAAGUCGUUGGCUUUUCUCCAUACAAAGGUUCGGUUGGAAAGUAUAGGAGCGGAAGACAUAGUCGAUGGAAAUCCUAGACUGAUCCUCGGAUUGAUCUGGACCAUCAUCCUGAGAUUUCAAAUACAAGAGAUCGAGAUCGACGUCGACGAGGAGAAUGACAGCAGCGAGAAGAAGUCGGCGAAGGACGCUUUGCUGCUCUGGUGCCAAAGGAAAACCAAUGGUUACCCUGGCGUUAACAUUCAAGAUUUUACGGGUUCGUGGAGAAGCGGUCUCGGUUUCAACGCUCUUAUCCACGCACACAGGCCGGACUUGGUCAAUUGGUCGGAACUGCAGCAAAACAAGAACAUCGACAACUUGAAUUAUGCUUUCGACGUGGCCUAUUCGGAGCUCGGUAUUCCCAGGUUGUUGGAUGCCGAGGACGUCGAUACCGCUAGGCCGGACGAGAAGUCCAUCAUCACGUACGUCGCGUCGUACUAUCACACGUUCGCCAGGAUGAAGAACGAAAUUAAAAGCGGAAAGAGAAUCGCGAACAUCGUCGGUCAAAUGAUGGACGCCGACAAGAUGAAGAUCCACUACGAAAAAUUGACCACCGACCUGCUCGAAUGGAUCAAACUGAAAAUCCAAGACUUGGAGAAUCGAAAUUUUCCAAAUUCGUUGGAGGGCAUUCAGCGGGAGCUCUUGGCCUUCAAGCAAUACAGAACCGUGGAAAAGCCACCCAAGUACAAGGAACGAUCGGAGAUAGAGGCCUUGUAUUUCCACAUAAACACGCAGCUGAAAUCGUUGAACCAGCCGGCGUUCACGCCGCAAGAGGGCCAGCUCGUUCACGACAUAGAAAGGAAUUGGGUCGAAUUGGAAAGGGCGGAACAUCGGCGGGAAGUCGCCCUUAGAACGGAACUCUUGCGCCAGGAAAGAUUGGAACAGUUGAAUUACAAGUUCGAGAGAAAGAGCGUACUCAGGGAAGGCUAUCUAAAGGAAAUGAUUCAGGUCUUGACCGAUCCGAGAUACGGCAGUAAUCUAGCCCAGGUGGACGCCACGGUGAAGAAGCACGAGGCCAUAAGCGCGGACAUUCUGGCACGAGAGGAGAGAUUUCACGAUCUGACGAACAUGUCGGAGGAAUUGGUCAGAGAGAAUUAUCAUGGAUUAGAGAGGGUCAGAGUGAGGGAGCAGGAGGUAUUGCAGAGAUGGAAAGAGUUGUUGGCCCUGUUGGAUCAUCACAAAUCCAAUCUUGUAGCUCUUUCCUCUCUGAUGAGCUUGAUGAGGGAGAUCGACACGACCCUGGCCUCCAUUCAAGAGCUGCAGCUUAAUUUCCAAAGCACGGACGUCGGCCCACACCUGUUGGGCGUGGAGGAUCUCUUGCAGAAGCACAGUUUGCAGGAAUUGCAGGUGACGGCGCUAGGGGAGAGCCAGAGACGCCUGGGCAGACAGGCCGGCCAACAUUUGGCUCAACCGCAGAGCAAGGAGGUGCCUCUCCUGAAACAAAAAUUGGAUCUUCUAAAUCGUGCCUACGACGAACUCGUGGAGUACAGCAAAGAGCGCAAGGCCCGUCUCGAGGACGCCAGAAACUUUUUCCACUUUUUGCAAGAUCACGAGGACGAGGAAUCCUGGCUCAUCGAGAAACAACGCAUCUGCAAAGCCGGAAUAUCGGCGAAGGACUUGCGCGCCGUCAUUUCCUUGCAACAAAAGCACAAAGCGUUGCAGGACGAGAUGAAGGUACGCAGACCGAAGUCCGAACAAUUGUGCGAGGCUGGUAGAAGAUUGAUAGCCGACAAUCAUCCGUCCUCGUUAGAAAUUCAAAAUCGUAUAGACUCGUUGCAGGAGCAUUGGAAGGUUUUGGAAGAGCUCGCUGCCUUGAGGAAAAAGCAAUUGGACGACGCGGCCGAGGCGUUUCAAUUUUAUGCCGACGCGAACGAGGCGGACUCCUGGAUGAACGAGAAAAUGGCUCUGGUUACCUCGGAAGAUUACGGCGUGGACGAGCCAAGCGCCCAAGCGCUCUUGCAAAGACACAAGGAUCUGGAAGGGGAGUUGAACGCCUACAGGGGCGACGUGCAAUCUCUGAACAUGCAAGCCGAGAAGCUGAUCAAGUCGGGAAUUUCCACGCUCGAAUUGUCGGCCGAUCCGGAACCCGUCGCGGAAUUGGAACAGGAGGAGUGGAGCAAGGAGAUACGAUUGGUGCCUCAGGACGAAUGGGUCGACGAGAUCGUCGAACGAUUGGAACCGAGAACCGUUCACGAGGAGAAAUUGGUGCCGCAGGUGAAGAGCAUGUAUCCGUUCACCGGUCAAGGCAUGCACAUGGCCAAGGGCGAGGUCAUGUUCCUGUUGAACAAGACCAAUUCGGAUUGGUGGAGCGUCAGGAAAUCGGAUGGCACCGACGGUUUCGUCCCCGCCAAUUACGUUCGCGAGAUCGAGCCGAAGGUCGUGUCCGUUCAAAUGAGGCGACCGGAGAAGGUAAGGGUCACGCAAAGGGUCAAGAGGACCAAGAUGGUGAAGCAGGUGGUGCCGGUGCGAAGGGUGAAGUCGAUCAAGUCGACGGUGAAACCGAUCAAGCGGAAGGCGGCCAACGACGGCGACAGCGUUGAAAAACGGCAGAAAAAGAUAAACGACACGUACGGGGAAUUGCAGGAAUUAGCGACGAAGCGUCACGCCUUGUUGGAGGACGCCAUUAGGUUGUACGGUUUUUACCGAGAGUGCGACGAUUUCGAAAAGUGGAUAAAGGACAAGGAGAAGAUGCUUCGGACCGACGAUCCGCGGGACAACGUCGAGACGGCCAAGCGAAAGUACGAGAAGUUCUUGACGGACCUGUCGGCCUCGGGAAAGCGCGUCGAGGCGAUAGACGCCGCGGUCGACGAGUUCGUCAGGCAGGGGCACAGUCAGUUGGACAAGGUGAAGGCCAGGCAGAGGCAUAUUCAUCAGCUUUGGGACCAUUUGAACUGGUUGAAAACGCAGAAGGAGAAGAGCUUGGAAGGCGCCUCCAGCGUGGAACUGUUCAACAGGACGUGCGACGAGGCUCACGAUUGGAUGUUGGAAAAGAUAACGCAACUGGACACCGCCGAGCUCGGACCCGAUUUAAAGACGGUUCAAGCUUUGCAACGGAGACAUCAGCAUUUGGAGCGGGAGUUGGCGCCGGUAGAGGAGAAAGUGAGAAAGGUAAAUCUAUUAGCCAACAGCGUGAAGAGUUCUUAUCCCCACGAACUGAACAACGUGAACGCCCGACAAAACGAGAUCAAAGACCUGUGGAACAAAGUGCAGAGCAAAGCGAAGGAGCGUAGAUCUCGUUUGGAGGACGCCGUCGGCCAGCAGAUAUUCAUGAACGGUUCGAAGAAUUUGAUCAACUGGGCCGCGGACGUGCAGGAAACGAUGAAGGCCGAAGAAUCGGUCAGGGAUGUGGCUACCGCCGAGCUGUUGAGGAAGCAGCACAUGGAACUCGGGGAGGAUAUAAAGACGCGCGAGGACGAGUUCCGAGAAGUCGAGGAGCUCGGAAGUCAGCUUUUACAUCGCAACCCGGCCCUGACGGACGUUCGCGAGAGAUUGGAGAAGCUGCAUGGAUUGUACCGAUCGGUAACGUCCGAUUGGAUGGCGAAGGAGGAGUGGCUGCAGCAAUGUUUGGAAUUGCAACAGUUCAACAGAGAGGCCGAUCAAAUCGAAGCCACGACGAGCUCCCACGAAGCCUUCUUGGAGUUUACCGAGCUGGGCGAAUCUUUGGACGACGUCGAGGCUUUGCUGAAGCAACACGAAAAGUUCGAGAAUACUCUUCACGCUCAGGACGACAGAUUGAAAGCGUUCAGCGACACGGCCGACAAGCUGAUCGCGCAAGAUCACUACGACAAAGACUACAUCGACGAAAGGAGAAAUCAAGUUUUGGCUCGUCGAACGGCCGUCAAAGAUGCAGCGCAACGGAGAAGAGCGGCUCUAAAGGCAUCGGAACACUAUCAACAAUUUUCGGCGGAGGUCGACGAUUUGCGCGACUGGCUGAGCGAUAAAAUGAAGACUGCGUCCGACGAGAGUUAUCGCGACUUGAACAACUUGGAACGCAAACUGCAGAAACACGAGGCGUUCGAAAGGGAAUUGAGGGCCAACGAGGGCCAAUUGAGGGCGGUCAACAAGGCAGGGAAAGCCCUUAUAUCCGAGGAAAAUUACAGGUCGGACGACGUAGGGGAAACGUUGAAAGAUCUGAACGAUCAGUGGGAUCGAUUGGUCGCACUUUCCUUGGAGAAGGGCCGUAGGCUGAGGCAAGCGGCCUCCCAACACGGUUACAAUCGUACGAUGGAGGACGCCAGGCUGAAAUUGGAGGAAAUCGAGAAUUGUUUGGAGAGCAAACAGGUGGGAACGGAUCUUAGAAGUUGCAAGGAAUUAUUGAAGAAGCAUCAGACCCUCGAAAGCGACAUGUGUCAGUGGGAGCAAAAGGUGGACGACCUUGUCGCCAUGGGUCAGGAAAUGGCGCACGAAGGUCAUUUCGAUGCUGCGAAUAUAUUGAAAUCCAGCCAGGCCACUCAGAGAAAAUUCCGCAGUUUGAAGGAACCUGCCAAAAGACGACGCGAGGCGUUGGAAGAGAGCUUACGUUUCCACAAGUUUGGAUUCGAAUUAGACGCCGAAUUGCAAUGGAUAAAGGAUCACUUGCCGCAAGCCUCCUCGACGACGCUCGGACAAAACUUGCAUCAAGCUCAGACUUUACACAAAAAGCACAAAAAAUUGGAGGCCGAGAUCGCGGGCCAUCGACCGAUGAUAGACAAAACUUUGGCCUCGGGACAAGCGCUUAUCGAGCAGGCUCAUCCCGAGAGGAAGAAGAUACGGGAGCUGUGCGACUCGUUGGACGACGCUUGGAAAGAUUUGCAAGAUAAGGCGGGAGAAAGAAGCAAGGCGUUGGACUUGUCAUUGAAGGCCCAAGAAUUCUACUUCGAAGCCGGAGAAGUAGAAAGUUGGCUAAACGAAAAGAACGAUGUGCUCAGCUCGACCGAUUAUGGAAGAGAUCGUGACGCAGCCACGAAAUUGUUAACGAAACACAAGGCGGUAGAACUUGAAUUAGACACUUACAACGGUAUCGUAUCGGAAAUGGGACAUACGGCAGCCGCGAUGAUCAAUGCCAAACAUCCCGACAGUAAGGCUAUAGCCAAUAAGCAACAAGCGAUCGCUCAGCAGAUGAGGGCGUUGCAAAAAUUGGCUACGGUAAGACAGCAACGUCUCAUGGAGAGCAUGUAUCGGCACGAAUACUUCUUGGAAAGUAGAGAAUUGGAACAAUGGAUCAAGGAGCAAGAGCAAGCUGCUGCUUCCGAGGAUUACGGACAGGAUUACGAACACUUGUUGGCGUUGCAAGCCAAAUUUAAUGACUUCAAGCACAGAAUAGAAGCCGGCUCGGAGAGAUUUAAUCAGUGCGAAGAGUUGGCUAGGAAGUUAAUCGCGAACGAGAGUCCCUACAUUCAAGACAUCGAAAAACGGCAGGAACAGUUGGGACAAGACGAAGAUGAUCCUGUCCUUCAGGUACAUAAGCAACAUACGAUCAUUGGAGAAUCCUGGCAACAUCUUCUCGAUCUCAUUCGCAAUCGAGAGCAACGCUUGCAAGCUGCUGGAGAAAUUCAUAGAUUCCAUCGAGACGUGGCCGAAGCAUUGUCUCGGAUCCAAGAGAAAGAGGCAGCUUUGCCGGAAGAUUUAGGCCGCGAUUUAAACUCCGUACUGGCGUUGAUCAGACGACACGAAGGAUUUGAAAAUGACCUUGUAGCUUUGGAAGCGCAGCUGCAAGUUCUGGUAGAGGACGCGUCGAGGUUGCAAGUUCAUUAUCCGGGUAACAACGCCAUGCAUAUAGAUCAACAACAGCAAAUCGUUGUCGCGCAUUGGGAAGAUUUGAAAGAGAGAUCUGCUCACAGAAGGGACCAGUUACAAGCCAGUUGCGAUCUGCAGAGAUUUUUGACUCAAGUAAGGGAUUUGAUGAAUUGGGCCGCCGGUCUUCGUGCUGCCAUGUCCACCGAGGAUAAAGUUCGAGACGCUGCGAGCGCGCAAAUGUUGAAGGCGGAACACGAAGCUUUGAAAGGCGAGAUAGAAGCGAGAGAAGAUAGUUUCAGUUCGGUCCUCGAUUUAGGCGAAGCUAUGGUGCAAACCGGUCAUUAUGCGGCUACGGAAGUGGAGGAAAAAUGUAAUCAACUUUUGGACGAAAGACAGAAACUUCACACAGCUUGGCAACAGAAGAAAGUCCACUUGGAUCAGUUGAUAGACCUACACUUUUUCCUGCGAGACGCUAAGCAAUUGGAUAAUCUUUCCAGUACCCAAGAAGCCGGCCUCAGCGGCGACAACUUUGGCGUGUCGGUCGAAGAAGUCGACGCGCAAAUGAAGAAGCACAACGAGUUUGAAAAGUUACUCGUCACCCAAGAAGAAAAAUUGAUUGCCCUGCAAGAACACGGAGACAAGCUCUUGGCACAAAAUCACUUUGAUUCGCCCACGAUUGCCAAACGAUUGAACGAGGUCGUACAAAGGCGAAUCAAAAUUCGCAACUUGUGCGACGCGCGUAGAAAAAAAUUGGAGGCCGGUUUACUUCACGCUCAAUUCGUCAGAGACGUUGGGGAGGCAGAAUCUUGGAUCGGCGAGAAACAAAAGAAAUUGGAGGCCGAAACGUCGAAAGGCGAGGUAUCCAGUUUGGAGGAUAAAAUCAAAAAAUUACAGAAACACCAGGCCUUCCAAGCGGAGCUAGCAGCCAAUCAAAGUAGAAUCGAGGAAAUAAAAGCUAAAGGGGAAACUCUGUUGGGACAAAAGCAUCCUGCGAGUAGUGAAAUUCACGAACAAUUGGAACAGUUGUAUUCCUCUUGGCGAAGAUUACUCGUAGAGUCCGGAAAUCGUGGAAGAGGUCUCGAGGAGGCGCAAGACAUAUUGGAAUUUAACAAUCAAGUUGAGAAGAUCGAAGCUUGGAUAAGGGAUAAAGAAAUGAUGGUUCAGGCAGGUGAUACAGGUAAAGAUUACGAGCACUGCUUGAGUCUUCAAAGAAAAUUGGACGAUGUCGACAGCGACAUGAGAGUGGAUGACUCGCGAAUAAAAGCGAUAAAUGCUUUAGCCGAUAAACUUAUGAAACAGGGUCGCGAUAACGAAUCGAAGACCAUACAACAGCGUCGUGACAAUUUCAAUAAUAAAUGGAGAGGUUUGCAAGGUGCGCUGAGUGCCUACAGAGAGACCUUAGCGGGUGCGUUAGAGAUUCAUCUAUUCAAUAGAGAUAUCGACGAUACCAACCAAAGAGUCAUGGAAAAAUCGGUUGCCAUGAAUACCGCCGACGUUGGCAAAGAUUUACCUGCCGUAGAACAGUUGCAAAGGAAACAGGAAGCGAUGGAAAGAGACAUGACUGCCAUAGAAGGAAAAUUGAACGAACAUAGGGAAGAAGCGAGAAAGCUCUCGCUUAAAUAUCCUGACAAAGCUAGCGAAAUAAACGCUAUGCUGUCGGAAGUAGUAUCGAAUUGGGCCGACCUGCAACGUUUGACUCAGCAUCGUCGACAAGCUUUGAAUCAAGCGUACACGUUGCACAAGUUCGAAGCAGACUUGCAUGAAUUAGAAAUUUGGGUUGCGGACACGAUUAAACGAAUGGACGAGUCGGAACCACCUACUACCAUUUCAGAGGCCGAAGCUUUAUUGGAAUUGCAUCAAGAAAGAAAAGCGGAGAUCGAUGGUAGACAAGAUACGUUUAAGGCAUUGAAGGAGCACGGACAGAAAUUGGUUUCGAUCAACGAGGAGGUUAAGGGCAGCCUGCAACAUCUCGAAGAGCUGAGGCUGAAGCUAGUACACGCCUGGGAGGAUCGUAGGCAAAAGUUGACGCAGGCGCAUCAAUUGCAAUUGUUCAAAGAACAGGCGGAUCAAGCGGACAGUUGGCUCGCAAUGAAGGAAGCGUUUCUCAACAACGACGAUCUCGGCGAGUCGUUAUCAGGGGUCGAAACGUUGCUCCGCAAACACGAGGAAUUCGAAAAUUUGCUGGUAUCUCAAUUAGGAAGAAUAGAGGAAUUGGAAAAGUUCGCGAAUGACAUUCUGGCGGAAGAGCAUGCCGACGCUAACGUAAUUAGACAGAGAUUAGCGUCGGUUUGCGCUAGAAGAGACAGAUUGCGAAAUAGUGCUACGGCCAGAAGAGAAAAAUUGCUGGAAAGCCAUCAUUUGCAUCAGUUCCUCAGAAAUAUAUACGAGGUCGAGGGUUGGUUGCAUCAGAAGCAGCAGGUGGCAAGCGAUGAAAAUUACCGGGACUCGUCGAAUCUACAAAGCAAAAUUCAAAAGCACGCUGCCUUUGAAAGCGAAUUAAUAGCGAAUAAAGGGAGGAUAUCGUCGGUCGUUAACGAAGGGGAAGCGCUCAUCGAGGAUAACCAUUACGCUUCUAAAGAGAUACAAGAACGUUUGGAUGACUUGGAAGGGGAGUGGCGUCUUUUACAAGAAACGAGCGAAUUGAAGAAGAACAGACUGAACGACGCGUAUCAAGCAUUGCUCUUCAAUAGAACUCUGGACGAAUUCGAGGCUUGGAUGGACGAAGUCGAAACGCAAUUACAGUCGGAAGAUCACGGGAAAGAUCUUUCCAGUGUGGCGAAUCUCUUAAAGAGGCACACCAAUUUAGAAAACGACGUUUUGGGACACAACGAGGCAUGCGAGUCGAUCAAAGAGACGGCGGCAAAUUUUGCUAGAUCGAAUCACUUCAUGUCCGAGGAAAUUCAAGAAAGAGCAUCGGCCACCAUCAAUAGGUACCACAGCUUGCAAGAGCCAAUGCAAAUACGAAGAGAUAAUUUAGAAGAUGCUAAAUUAUUGCACCAAUUUGUAGCGGACGUCGAAGACGAGCUACAUUGGUUAUCGGAAAAAGAACCUUUAGCCGCCAGUAAUGAUCUAGGUAGUUCGCUGAUGACGGUGCAAAGACUUCAAAAGAAACAUCAUGCUCUGGAAGCGGAACUGAUAUCCAGAGAACCGGUGGUGGGUUCUUUGAUCGGUAGGGCAACGGCCAUGAUAAGGAGCGGACACUUCGCGUCGGAGAAGAUAGAAAAAUUGUCGCAAGAAUUGCAAGAGAGUCUUUCGCAUCUUCGAGACUUGGCGAGCGUCCGGAAGUUGCGUUUAUUGGACGCGGUCGAAUCGCAAAUGUUCUACGCCGAAGCUGCCGAAGCUGAACAGUGGAUAAGAGAGAAAAAUCCGCAAGUAACAUCGACGGAUUACGGAAAGGACGAGGAUUCCGUACAGUCUUUGCUCAAGAAAUUGGAAGGGAUAGAACGCGAUUUGUCGGGUUUCGAGAGCACCGUAGAUAAUCUUAAGAAACUCUCCCACGGUUUAAUAGAGAGGCACCAUUUCGAUAGCAAAAAUAUAGGUCAGAAGCAGGCCGAAAUCGAAAGUAAAUUCAAAGAGCUACAAAACUUGAAGGAUCACAGAUUGCAACGUUUACUGGAAAGCGAAAAAUUCUUCCAGUUUAUCAGACAGGCCGACGAAGCGAUCGAAUGGAUCGGAGAUCAAACGACCGUCGCUGCGUCGGAGGAUUACGGCCGUGACGUCGAACACGUCGAGCUGUUGAUUCAGAUAUUCGACAAUUUCUUAGCUGGCCUGACGACGAGCGAGAACCGAAUUUCUGCCGUACUCGACGCAGGCCAGAAAUUGAUAGAACGUAACAAUCCUGAGAGGGCUAGGAUACUUGGAAAAAUCGAAGAAACCAAGCAGCAGUGGGAAGAUCUGAAGGAACUGGCACACGCGCGACAAGACGCGUUAGCGGGUGCCAAACAGGUCCACAUGUUCGACAGGACAGCCGACGAAACGAUCUCGUGGAUUCAAGAGAAGGAGGCCGCUCUAAGUUCUGACGGAUACGGCCACGAUUUAGAAACUAUUCAAGCUUUGGUCAGGAAACAUCAGGGAUUUGAGACCGACCUGGGAGCGGUAAAAGAGCAGGUCGAGUCUCUGAUGGAGGAAGCACUGCGAUUGAUCGAAUUGUUCCCAGACGCACGUAUACACAUCGACGUCAAGCACCAAGAAGCCGAAGCGACCUGGAAUGAACUCUUGGAGAAGGCUGCUCAAAGGCGAAGCAAAUUGGCACAGGCGGAACAACUGCAGACGUAUUUGGGCGAAUACAGAGACUUGUUGUCGUGGAUAAACGAAAUGGUGGCCAAGGUUACCGCGCCGGAAUUGGCGCGAGACGUUCCAGGAGCCGAAGCUCUAAUUUCCCGACACAACGAAUAUAAAACCGAGAUCGACGCGCGAAAGGAAGCGUUCGAGAAGUUCUACAAAACUGGCCAAGAGCUCAUCGAGCAGGGCCACUUUUUGGGAAAAGAGAUCGAAGAAAAAAUAUCUGUAUUGCGUUUAAGGAAACAAAUACUUUUAGAUACUUGGGAACAAAGGAAACUCAUAUACGAACAAAAUUUGGACACGCAAUUAUUCAAACGGGAGGCAGAAACUUUGGAAAAUUGGAUCGUCAGUAGAGAACCGAUGUUGCACGAUGGUAAAUUGGGCGAGAGCAUUCCACAAGUGGAGGAGCUCAUAAGAAAGCACGAGGACUUUGAGAAGACCAUAGAAGCUCAGGAGGAAAGAUUCAACGCGUUGAAUCGUAUAACGAUGCUCGAGAAAGCGUUCCGGAAGCAACAGGAAGCGGAGAUGGCCGCGAGACAAGCCGAGAAGGAACGAAUCGAACGUGCGCGGAUCGAAGAACGAAAACGUAAAGAGGUACAAAGGAUAACCGAGGAACGAAAACGGGAGGAAGAAAGAAGAAGAUUAUUGGAUAGCCCUCAUAGGCCUUCGCACGACGAGGUCAAUGGAACGGUCGACGAGCACGAGUCCGUUAACAGAUUGGCGCCGUUAAAAGGUGCCACUCCGGUCGAAGUUUCGGAGCCUACUCUGAUUCAAAAAUCGCACGGUAUACCUCACGUGUUUGGCGAUAAAUUGAGACGAUCUAACGCGGACAUCAAAAGGGCGGAAAGUAUGAAGGUUGACACGAAGAAACCGAAACGUACUCCGAGCUUCACGACUAGACGAAGGACGCAAAGCUUUAGAAAACUCCAAAGAAUGGAAAACAUGGACGCUUUACCGCCCGUAGAGAUCCAGGGUCUUCUUGAAAGGAAACACGAACUACAAAGCGCCGGAAAGAAAGCAGCCGUUCGUUCGUGGAAGCAAUAUUACACCGUACUGUGCGGGCAACUAUUGUGCUUCUUCAAGGACAUAGAAGAUUUCUCGCUUAGCAAAGCGGCUACCGCGCCGAUUACCAUUUUCAAUGCCAUAUGCGAGAAAGCGGACGAUUACACGAAAAAAAAGAAUGUGUUCCGCUUAAAGUGUACGGAUGGUUCGGAAUUUUUAUUCUUAGCUCCGAAUCAACAAGAGAUGGAAGAUUGGGUCAAUAAGAUAUCGUUCCAUGCCAAAUUGCCACCGAGCCUGCAACUUUUAAGCUAUGACGAUUCUCAAAAGGAGGGUCUAGAGAGGCUGCACGGUGCACCAUCGGAUCAUCAAGAUGAUAAUAUGUCGACCGGAAGUAGUCGCGCCUCAACGCCCGAAAUGGAACGGAAAAACUCGGUGAUCAGAUGCGAUGUUUCCAAUCAACGCUCCCCGAGCACAGUGCAAAUAGAAUUUCUACAACAGCAUCGACAAAAUCAACAACGCCGUGAUCCGCAUAAUACAGAGUUCUUAGCCUCGGAAAGAUCGGAGCCACCUCAAACGCAAACAGAGUUUUUGCAAAUGCACAGGCAACAGCAACUGCUCGCGCAACAACAACAGCUGAUUCAACAGGAACAACUUGCGAAUCAAAGAGAUCAAUAUCAACAAAAUUCGAGCGAUAAACCUCCCAUACCGCCAAGAGGAGCACCGCCACCGAUUCCUUUGCGAUCGCCGAGUUCCGAAAACGUGGUACAAUUUCGACGAAACGAUUCGGAACACCAUCUGCAACAAGGGAGGCCACAAUCGUAUCAGCAACGCGGUACAACCUUAAAUCAUAAUGGAUCUAGCCAGUAUCCGACAAACGAAGUGUGGCAUAGACAAAGUACCGUAGAUAUGAACACGCAACAUCCAGAAUUAGCACCUCCCCUGCCAUCGAGUGCCCCUCCACCUACCGGAAUGGCUCAGUGGAAUAUACCCCAUGACCCUGGUCAGUCAUUACAGCCAUUUUCAUACAAAUUUCGUACCGAAUCAUAUGGGAAUGUGCCGAUAAAUGUUAGACAGACUUCACAGCAACAAAAUAAUUCAUUUAGUACCAGACCAGCCUCUUUACCUCCGUACGUAGCUCCGCCAGCAGUACCGCAGAAUGUUCAAAACGUUGCGCUUGUAGAUGGUAGAAGACCGUCCGAAAGUGGUUCAGAAAGUGAAAAUAGUAUAAGUGGUAGUAGAAAAGAUCGUGAUUAUAAACGAAGUUCUGUUUUGAGCAACUUAUUUGGCAGGAGAAAGAAACCAUCUCAGUCGUAAUCUAUAUACAGGGAUCUCCAUUCUUGUAGGGUACUUAAAUUCUAAAAUUCUAAAAAAAAAAGAGAGAUUCCACGAAGGAUAAUAGCCUUCGACAUUAUUAAAUUCCUCAAAAACAGAAAAAAGAAAAACAAUUAUCUAUGCCCUGUUAUAUAAUACGUAUUCUAAAAUCUGUAAAUUAUAUUUUUACGUGUAUAAUACAAUAUUUUUCAUUAAAAUAUAUACAGGAAUUAAUAUAUUCAGACACGGCUAGAUUUAGAUGAAAAAAAAAAAAAAUUAAAAACAACGCAAAACUGAUAUAAAGUUGUUUCGUAUAUCGUAUAAAAAAAAAAAGUUAAAUAAAAUAAAAUAAUAAUAAAGCGAGUUAAAUGCUUCGCAAGUAAUUAUGAUUACGCGCAUUUUGCAAAUUUCUUAUUUUUGCCACACAGAUAUAUUCUUUGUUUUAGAAUAUCGGAAUUUUUUAAUUCAAUUCUAAUCGUAAUUGUAACUUUUAGUUUUGUUAAAAAAUGACUAACAUCGCCCCAUUAAUUGAUAUAAAUUGAAUAUUUCUUGUUUUCGUUUUUCUUUUUAUAUUGUAAAAAUAACCAAUCUAUAACAAAAAUGGUCAUUACCACGUUAUUUGAAAUGUACCUGACCUUAAAGGUAAAGAUAUAAAAUAUAUCAGCAAGAGCAUUAAAAUGCAAAAACAACUAUAUAUAAAAAAAAAAAAACUGUAGAUUUCAUAAUAUAUGUUGCAAAUAUUAUAUAUUGUAUACCAACUCCUAUUCAGGACCAAUGAUCUUAUUGUAUUAAGCGCAAAGAAGAUAUGUUGAUAUAUAAUGUUUUUGAAAAAUUGUUAUAUCUGUAUGUUUAACAAUCAUCCUCAUGAUUGACACAGUAUAAUAGUAUGUAAAGUAUAUUUAAUAUCAUUUAAGAAAUAAAUAAUUAUCUACUGGUUACAUACA